CAGAACCAACAAUCAUUCUGACUUCUCUUGUAAGCUUAAUGGCUCAGCUUAGAAAGAGCGUUCUGGUUUUGAUGCAACUUACGAUAUUAUUUGUUUGUGCUGUUCUCAACCUUGCUGAUGCGCAAGGCCUGAAAGUUGGUUACUACGAGAAGACAUGCCCGUCAGUUGAAAAAAUCGUGAAGCAAGCCACGGCUAAGUUCAUUUCUCGAGCGCCAACUCUUGCAGCUCCUUUACUCAGAAUGCAUUUCCACGAUUGUUUUGUUAGGGGUUGUGAUGGUUCAAUCCUACUAAACUCUACAAAAGACAACUUGGCGGAGAAAGAUGCACCUCCUAACCUCAGCCUCCGAGGAUAUCAGGUUAUUGAUGGAGUCAAAACUGCAGUGGAAUCUAAAUGUCCCGGUGUGGUUUCUUGUGCUGAUAUACUAGCUUUAGUUGCUCGAGAUGCAGUAUCAAUGCUCAAGGGACCAGUACCAUACUGGAAGGUCCCGUUAGGAAGAAGAGAUGGAAGAGUAUCGAUCAUGCUAGACACACUGACUAAUUUACCACCUCCCUUUUUCGACAUCUCUCAGCUCAAAUCAUCAUUUGCCUCCAAGGGUUUGAAUGUAAAAGACUUGGUUGUUUUGUCAGGAGGGCACACCAUCGGAACUUCUCACUGUUCCAGCUUUACCGGCCGGCUAUAUAAUUUCACUGGCAAAGGUGACAUGGACCCGUCACUAGAUUCAGAAUACGCAGUUAAUCUAAAGAAGAAAUGCAAGCCGUCGGAUGUCAAUACACUGGUGGAGAUGGAUCCAGGAAGCUUUAAAACAUUUGAUGAAGAAUACUACACCCUUGUAGCUAAGAGGAGAGGACUAUUUAACUCUGAUGCUGCACUUCUGGAUGACAAAGAAACCCGAGAUUAUGUGAAACUCCAGGCCACAACACAAGGAUACACUUUCUUUAAAGAUUUUGGUGUUUCUAUGGUGAAGAUGGGUAACAUUGGAGUUCUCACUGGGGCGGCUGGUGAAAUCAGGAAAAGCUGUGCUUUUGUUAAUUAAUAAAACUGUUGAUGAUUGAAGGUUAUACUGUAUAUCUGUUUCAUGUUUAUUUCAUAUCACAUGUAAUUGUUUAAACCUCACGAAUGCUUAUUGUUUAGUAUACUUUGCUUGACAAUUAA